AUGGAGUUUGGUCCACUUGAUUCAUCUAUAUUGACAUUGGGGAUUGUACAUCCUUCCUAUAGGGCAUGGGAGGAGGAUCAUUCUGACGUUUUUAAAGGGCGUCAGUGUGUGCGCACAUUAGAAACCAUGUGGUAUGCCCAUCCUAGAAGCAUUCUGUGGAUUCAACGAGCAAGGUUCCAUCCACUGUACCAGAUUCGGUAUAUUCACUUAGACCAUCAUUUAAUUAGUGCAUUGUUGGAGCGUUGGAAGCUUAAGACACACACAUUUCAUUUUCCUUGCGGCGAGGCGACGAUAACGUUGCAAGAUGUCGCAAUCAUCACAGGAUUACCUAUUGAUGGCGACAUUGUUACGGGCACGAUGCAGCAAGACUGGGAGAUGUUGUGUCAAAGCCUACUCGGACGCAACCCCCCCACUGGCCGAAGCGGACGAAACGGCACGUCCUUGUCUAUGACAUGGAUGGACGAGAACAUAAUGGAGUGGCACUUGCCGGAUCGUGUAAUGCGGCAGUUCGGGUUGAGGCAGCAGAUCCCUCGUCCAACUCAGACAGGUUACGACCUCGACAACCAUCAUUCAGAUCUACACGACUGUGACCAACGCGGUAGUCAUCAAUCAACUUUCGCACUAAGUACGAGCGUACCCUCCAUAUGUGGCAACACAGACUGGACAAUGCCAUCUACAUACUUAGGGAGCUUCCACUCCCUAGGCAUACACCUCCAUUGGUGGAAGAUGGAUAUAAUGACUGGUACCGAUCCAUCACGAUUCACUGCGUGA